GAAAGCUGUCAGCGGGGAGGCUCCAAGAUGGUGAAAUUUGGGCUCCAGUUCAAAGCCACCCUGGAAAAUGUUACUAAUGUGAGACCACUGGGCGAUGAUUUCCGCUGGUUUCUGAAGCUGAAGUGUGGAAACUGUGGAGAGAUCCCAGAUAAAUGGCAGUAUGUAAACCAAGAGGAGAGUGUGCCACUAAAAGGGGGAAGAAGCAGUGCCAGCAUGGUGCAGAAGUGUAAACUCUGUGCCAGGGAAAAUUCAAUUGAUAUCCUAGGAGACACAAUCAAACCUUAUAAUGCGGAGGAUAGCGAAAGCUUCAAGACAAUGGUGCAGUUUGAGUGUCGAGGCCUAGAGCCCAUUGACUUCCAACCUCAAGCUGGCUUCGCUGGACAAGGAGCAGAGUCUGGAACACAGUUUCCUGAAAUUAACCUGCUAGAAAAAGACUGGACAGACUACGACGAGGAAGUCAAGGAGUCGGUGGGAAUAUAUGAGGUCACACACCAGUUCAUCAAGUGCUGAUGUCAUCAAGUGAUGAGCCUGAGGUGGACGAAUAAACACUACAUCCAAACACCCUCAGGUCUCUUAGUUGCCUUCAAGGAUGCAUCAGAUGCCGAUGUGGUGAGGUUUGGAUGAUGAACAUUAACAGGCAGGGAUUAAAACCACAGGUUGCCCAUAAACUUCUUGGAUUAAUCACCAUAUUCGAGGCCUUUUUUCACUGUCUCAAUAAAAACAAAAGCUGACAA